GUUGGAUAAUUUCUGUAAAAAAAAAUUAUGCGUGCUCGAAAGACCACAUGAUUCUCGUCCUCGAGCUCGCUUGUUCAUACAUCAUGAGAAAAAACCGAUGAUUUUCAUAGCAACUUCCCUGGAUUUUUCUUGACCCACUAGUCUCAGAGGUGAAGGUGACACGCUCAAAACCAUUUUCGCCCCCAUUUCCUUCGUACUUCUUUAUACGUAGAAUUUCCCCUCUUAUUGCGCUCGCUUAGAAUGUUUUGCUCAUCAUUUUAAUUUCCCAGUACAUUAAGAAGGAAGGAAGAAGAGGAUAGAAGAGGAAGAAGAGGAUAAUAAAUUGUGAUCACAACAUUUUAUUUGGUCGCCGCACCUAUACGUAAUUAAGCUAGUUGUACCCCUUAAUCAGGAAAAACAAGGAGCGCUGUUUCAACAACUACAUCCGGAGCAGGAUGCUCGGACGAGGGGCGGAUUUACAAGUUCUGGCCGGACGAGAAAAAAUGAAGAAGAACUACGAGGACUACCACGCCUGGCACCGCCUGCGCCUCGCACUAUUUUCCAACAUCAACGUGGGCUGUCAUACGAGGAAACGGAGAAAGAAUGCCGAGGAGCCACAAGAAACAACAUCUUCAUGCGCUGCUCAACAAGGCAGAGAUACGGCAAGAAAUAGAAGUGGCCGCGACGAAGAUUUUGAGCACGGAAGUAGACACAGCGAGGUGGUCGUCAGGACAAAAAGUAGAUCUACUUCCGACCAGUCGUACCGCUUCAACUGCCACUACCGCUACUUCUAUGCCUUGCUUUUGCUGUGUGCAACGCGGGACCAUGUAGGAUUUCUCCAAUGGAGCGGCUGGGAAACAAGAACAACAAAUUCUUCUGGUGAUAGAAGAACUGCAACCGGCCCCCUGUCGCAUCUGUUUACUACUAGCAUGAUUUUUCCUGUCGUUUCGGCGCGGAAGCUAUCGGAAGUCCUCGACGAGCCCAUUGAUAGGACCAAAGCUAGCAGCAUCAACAAGAGCAAGAACGUCCGUCAAGGCAUUAAAACUCAGCAAGAACAACCUCCCAGCACGCAGAGAAUCGAAAGAACCGAGGAUCUUCUAGGACAACUCAGGUCCGAUAGGAAUUCCUUCGAGGAUUCGACUGACAGUGGCCAGACUACGGGUGAAGCCCGAGGAGCAGCCGGCGCCGCACCAGUUCCAACUUCCUCGUUCGAGGAGGCUUUGCGAAACAGCAACCAGGACAGUUUUGAUCAACAGGAGGACGAGUCUUCCUCGUCGUUUUCCGAUGUGGAUCACUCCGGCGAAGUUUCGGACGAGGGAUCGCCUUCACAGCAUGACAGCAGUCACAGUGACCACGACCUCCGACCUGACGACGACUACGACUUCUUUCCGGAGCACGAGCUGCUCCCAGAUCCCGACGACGUAUCAAGUGCAAAAAUGUCUGGGUCUGGAAGAAUGCAAGUUUGUCAUGCUUGUCUCACAUGACUCUUAAAUUUGUCAUGCCCAUUACCCAAGACCCCCCUUUUUCUGUCAUGCAGAAACGCAGUUUGUCAUGCAGAAUAGGCAACACCAAGGAGCUCAGAAACUUGCCAUACUGAGCCAGCACUUGUGGCCUCCUCAUGAGACGCCACCCAGCAUCACAAGUUUCCAGACCCAGACAUUUUUGCUUUUGAUACGACGUUGCGGAUGACGAAUUCUGGGACUCGAUGUUGCAACAGAAGGAAAGAACAACUCCGCUGCGGACCAGGGAACAAGAACAGGAAGCAGAAACAACUUCUGCAGCACACCAGGCUGCUUCUUCUGGAGGGGAGGCUGCUUCUUCUGGAGAAGAAGCAGGAAUAGCACUGGGAAAGGCCGACGACGCAGGAUCGGCACUAGUACCGGACGCAGAAACUGGUGCUGCAGCUCUAAAAACAUCAUCACGGCGAACAAAUACACGGAAGAUGCAGCAAAGUGACGAUGCACGAGAAGAUCGACCCCUAGCAGGCGCGGCACUUCGUCCACGGGGACUUGCCGCUUCUGCGCCAGAGGUUGUUUUGGAUGAUGAAAUGGCUCCACGACCGCCAGGUGGAUCACUAGAGCAGCCGACGUCGUUUGCAGGAGCAGGUGCAGCUCUAUCUUCUGCUGGUGGCGGCGGGGUAGGGGGGCCAACAUCGCCAGACCAGCAAGCAUCGCGAAGGAGCAGUAUGCCUCCGCACCCAGAGGUCACAAAAACGGAGGUGGCCAUUGACCUGCUGGGGAGCCUGACGAAGAAGGGUUGCGGACGCCCUUUGCAGGACUACGUUGAGACGUUUCUCGCGAAAGACGGUGGGCAUGACGGCCUCGAAGUACACAUGCCGCAUGUACCGGAUUUUAUCGCCUGGAGAAUUCAUAAUGCUACACUAGCAAGAGCACGAAGUUUGACUUGUCAGUGGUCAUGCAAAGACACAGUAUAUAACCACCGGUGAAAAUAACUGAACAUUUGUCAUGGACAGAGAGAUGGCGCUGCAGCACACAGCGGCGGCUGAACUUCGCCGGCAUGUAGUAAGUAAUAUGCAAGAAACGAGUUCUGCUUCUGCGUUUUUUGGUUUCAUCUUUCCUAUACGUCGCAUUUCCACCCUUAAUGGAAAGAUACAUCUUCAAAAAUCUCCACCUCAUAUUACAUAGGAAACCAAAUAACGGUGCUUCUAGUGUAUGACAUGAAAAACAAAAAUCGAUGUUCUGUGCUAGGAGUAGCUCCCUUUUCAUCUCGAGGAUACCGUCCCGCGGAGGGCAGCCGGGAACGAACUUGCGGUUGAAGAGUAUCAUGAAGGAGCGACUCUACGCAGAGCACCAGGACUUUCUCCUUUCGCCGGACAUGCGAAGACUCACAGUGGGAAUCGAUUUGGAAUUCCAAAACGCAGACGCAAACGGGCAACCGACAGGAGAGUCCUUCUGGGCGCUCAGUUUCCGGUGUCCGUCCCGCACGAGAAGUUAUGAGAGUGCACAACUCUCCCUCCCCCUCAUUUGUCAUGCAAAAUACCAAACUCACCCUCUGCCUCUUCGCACUGUUUGCAUGACAAGUUCUGGCAGCCCAAAUAGCGCUACACUCCUGUCCAAAUUUGUCAUGCAAAACCUGUAUUCUUGCUGACGCUUGUCUUGCUGUUCAUGCAAUACAAAUGAGGGGGAGGGGGAGUUGUGCACUCUCAUAGAAGUCGCGGCGAGACAACAGGCGGCAGGGUCCGAGGAGGAUCCUGAGGAAGGAGCGGAGGAGAGCCCUUCCAGCCCUCGUAGAGUCGUAAUUAUACAGAUUCAGAUUUUUGUAGAUAGGUUUAUUUUUCACUGCAUGUUAACCCAGGCAGGGCUACACUAGUAGCCGCGUUUUUUUAGUUUGAUUUUUGAUUUCAUUUUUCGUAAACUGACUUUCACUGCCAACCCCCAUGAAAAAUUCAUAUAAUCUAUACAAAUUCGAAAGCAGUACUAUGAGUUAUUUCCGGUUACGUUAGU